ACAAACAGACCCCACACAUCAUCGAAAUCAAACAGAACAGUAACAGAAUCUCAAACACCAAGACGGAUUACAGUAUACCCUUUUAACAUCAGAGCACUACCGCCUAACAGACCAAACGGAGGAACGUUAAAACAAUGACCAUGGAUGAAAUUGGACAAAAGCUCAAUUCCUCCAGUGAAACAUCCAAAGAGGAUGCGUUAAGAAGCAACCCGACUAUUGAUUACUUUGAAGAUGCUGAAGAAAUACCCACAUAGGACCAUAUGAACCGUUCCUUGAGGAACGGUCGACCGCCGGGAUAUGGAGAUGUAGAAGAGCUACAAACGGUUGACUUAGUGGACCGUGCUGAUGACCACGGUCGACCGUCGGAAAGGCAGUAUGACGGGUCUUCAGGAGAUAAAUCGACGGUCGACCGCCACAUGGAGGAUGGUCGACCGUCCUUGAGGCAGAAAAUUGAUGAUCCAGCGCAGCUACAGAAGGUCGACCGUGCCACCGAUUUCGGUCGAUCGUCCACUUCUCAGCAAGCAGUGGAGACCCUGGGGCAUAGUCAAUGGGAAAGACGUCCAAAUGUGAGGCUUGCGGAUUAUGUUACACAUGUUAUUAAAUCACAUAUCGGAGAAAGAUGCAGAUAUCCACUCUCCUCAUAUGUCACGUAUGAGAAGUUCUCUUAUAAGCACAAGUGUUUUUUCACAGCACUUGACGAGGAAGUGGAGCCCACGAGUUUCGAAAAGGCAUUCCAGGAUGAACGAUGGAGCGAAGGGGGUUCCGCCAUAACAGCCACCCUCUCCGGGCGGCAAGGUUUCAGUGGUGGAGCGAGCCAGGUGCAAGGCUUCGGCGGCGGGAGAGGUCAGCAGCUCAGCUACAGCAGCGGCGGCAGCGGGAAGUCCCAGGGCAGCGGCGGCUGCCGUGGACAGACGGCUGAUGGUCGCGGAGUUCGCCUGGUGCGCGGUCGCGAUCGAGGUAAGGGAAAUCUUACUCGUAUCUAUGACGUAUGUAAGGCUUUCUAUCGGGCAGACCAACAAGAUCAAUCUCUUCAAGCAUUUUUCAUGGACUUCAAGAAGACAUAUGAGGCCUUAAAUUCAUUGAUGCCCUUCACUCUAGAUGUCAAAACUCAGCAACAACGGCAAGAGCAGAUGGCAAUAAUGAGUUUCUUGGCAGGCUUGGCCACGAGAUUUGAGGCUGCCCGAGAAAGGGUCUUUGCAGACUCUGAGGUUCCCAGUCUAUAGGAUGGGUACUCACGGAUUCAACGUAGUGAAAGUGUAAAACCCAUAUAGCCUUCAGAUAAUCAGAUGGGGCCCCCAAGAAUGCUCUUAUAAGUCAGAGGAUGCAAAUUGAGUCACCAAAGCAACCAUAUAAGUCAUUCGUUCAUAGUGGCACCCCAUAGAAUCAAGAGCCCAUAAUCUG